CCUGAUGGUCCUCGUUGAAACACCAAACCUCGCCGCUAUUUCGGGAGCCCGAAGUCCAGAGAGCACAUAAUCCUCCAGAACAGACGGAAUAUCAAAAGUUAGCCGUCCUGGACCACGUGUGUGUUGUUGGGGGGCUAUGUUACGAGUUGGAGAGCCUCUUCCAAAAUGGCAAUUACUCUCAGCUCAAAAUCUUGGUCAAAAAGAGCAGAAAUAAUUCCAAGAGCAUCUAUAAUUUCUUCAAUUCUUCCUGGAAGAGCGUCACCCGCUUCUAAUUGUCUGGCCAGGUUCAAAAUCUCUCGCUUCAAAUCAUUAGAAACUUCACUCAAUUCCUCGUCAAUGGGCGCCGCCAUGUUUCAACUUCAGACCAGAGCAACUGUCCUUCCUCGAUUGGCCAAAACUCCACCCCUCUGACUUUGAUGGGUGUGUGACAGUUUAAAUUAAUUCAUGAUGUUCUUUAGCACAGGAACAUGAAAUAAUUUAUUAAAUCAUGAAAUAAUUGUUUAUGCUUUUUAAAAUGAAAUCCAUAUAUUUAUUGAGGCACAUAUGAUUAAUUCUAUAUUUAAUACAUUAUUAGUGUAUUUAUUUCCAGUUUUAUUAAAUUAAUGACAGAUUUAAAUAAUUAUUUCAUGACUUAUUUAUUUAUUGUAAUUUGGCACUCUGAACCCUCCAUAUAACCACUGUCUAUAUUAUUUAUCUAUGGUGAGCUGCUCUCCACCAGGUGGCGCUGCUGUCUUCAACAUGGCACCGACCAGCAGCAAACAGGAGGGAACUUCCGACUCUGUAGUCUUUGUUGGCUUUUAUUGUGGAGGUCACGAAGCGGAAGUGAAGUCUCCAGUUUGAUCGCUGUUUGCCUGUUACCCGGUGGUUCGAAUGGUUCUGGCCUUGGUUCUGCUGUAAGAUGCCUCUGGUUGGACCAGAAUUGGAGCGGCGAACUCUGACGGAGUGUCGAUACCGGUACCCCACGGAGACUCUGAAGGAUCUGCAGUCAGUUCGGGCUCGGUUCCCCGACCUGCGGCUCUGUGUGGACUUUUACUGUUUUCCAAACAAUGAGAAGAGGAAGCUGGUGCAUCUGUCUGGAACGCUUCCUGUUCUUUAUCAAGGUAGUCAGUAUAACGUCCCGGUAUGUAUCUGGCUCCAUGAGACCCACCCGGCGUCCCGUCCCCGCUGUUUUGUUUGUCCGUCUGUCUCCAUGGUGAUCAAUCUGUCCUGUCCUUACGUGGAUUCUUCCGGGACCAUCACUCUAGACGGGCUCAAGAACUGGACUCCUGGUGUGUCCAACUUGUCCCUGUUGCUGUCAGAGAUGGUGCUAGCCUUCCAAAAGGACACACCCCUCUAUGCCAGGUGUGUGGCACAAGCCCCGCCCCCUGCAGGUGUUCAGGUGUCUGUGCAGGUCAGCUCCUCCUCUCUGCAGAGUCAGUGUCUCUCCCUUGGCUCCUCUUACCCGGCUCCUCUCAAAGCCAGCCAUUGGGGGCAGGGCAGCGUAAGGACGUCGUACACAGAGGAGCUGAUUGGGAUCGACUUCAGUGCUCCUCCUUCCUCCUGCAACACCAACCCUUUCCUAAGCUCUUCCUCCUCAGGUGUGCCCCUCACUGAGGCUCUCAGCAGAAUGAUGGGAACUUUGAGUCUGGAUAGAGACAGGAAGUCAGAACUGGCACAACAUGGUUCUGGAGCUCAGAGUCCACAGUCAGGACCAGCGACUGAAGCCGACCUCAGGAAGAUGUCAGAUGCCGGGCUUUCUCCGGACCAGGCAGCUGUCUUUCUGGCUCUGAUCAGCAUGAAUGGGCGGAGCUUCAACCCAGAUGAUGUCAUAGAGGCGGUCCAGCAUAAUCAAGAUUUCCCAUCAGCACUGAAGUUCCUGACACACACUUGUCCAAUCUGUCAUGACCAGGUGUCCUUCAGCAAGAUUAUCACUAUGACUCACUGUUCCUGCUUCCUGUGUCAGAGCUGCUUCACCUCGUUUUUCUCCGUUGCCAUCAAGGAGCGCAGUGUCGACCAGCUCACCUGUCCACAGUGCGGCCAACCAGAAAUCAGAGGCCAGGGGGCGCUGGAGGAGUCAAUGGACUACUUUAACCUGUUGGACACACAGAUUCGUCACUUCCUGCCUCCAGAUGUCCAUGAACUCUUCCAGAGAAAACUCAGAGAUCGAGCCCUGCAGGAGAUGCCCAAUUUCUGCUGGUGUGCUCAUUGUUCCUUUGGGAUGCUCCAUGAAUCGGACAGGUUGAGGAUGGACUGUCCUAGCUGCAAGAAGAGCACCUGCUCCCAGUGCAGAUCACCUUGGUCGCCUCAUCAUCAGGGACUCUCGUGUGAAGAGUUCAAGCUGUGGCAGCAGCAGAACCAGCAGGACCUUCAUCGCUCCGCCCUGCUCCACACUAUCAUUGAGUGUCCCAGUUGUCAGUUUGUCUUCAGCCUGUCCAAAGGAGGGUGUCUUCACUUCACCUGCACUCAGUGUCGCCAUCAGUUCUGCGGCGGCUGCAGUCGGUGCUUUGUUCUGGGGCCGGCCUGCAGCUUCUCUGCUCAGUGUGGAUCCAAAGGUCUUCAUGCACACCACCCCAGGGACUGCCUGUACCACCUGAGAGACUGGAGUGUGAGCCGACUGCACCGGCUGCUGCAGUAUUACAGAAUGUCUCCUUCCUGGUUGGAACCAUCUAAUGGCAGCCUGGCUCAGUCUAGUCAGACAGCAUGUUCUGUGUUGGAGCUCCGAGACAGCGGUCGGAUGACCAAGGAAGAACCGUGUGGACGACCGGCGCUAUCUGAAUACCGAGGAUACUGCCAGGGUCACUAUAAGGAGCGUCUGGUGGAGCUGAUCAAUCGCUGCUGUGCCGACCCAGCACUUCUUUUUACUCCUGCAGAGAUGAUUGCAGAGCUGCAGCGAUGGAACGUUGCUGUUCCCAUAAGGAGGCCUGAAGAACCAGACCUUCUGUACGCCCACCGCCUGCGCCUGGUGCUGACCAAUAACCUUCCUCUCAGGAAGCGGCGACACACUCCUUCAGUGACGUCAGUGGAAGCCCCACCCCCUCCAUGACGUCCAGCACCUCCACCCAGAGAGAAGCUCCAACCCGUCAGAUGAUGGCUGAUAACAGGUGUCUGUGACGUCACAAAGUCCGAUCUAACUGAGCUGAACCACGUUAACGAGCUUCCCAUCCACUCAUCAUCACUUCAUUUAGAUCCUUCUUUUUCUGCAUGGAAGGAUUGUUUUUAAAAUCAAGUUUGAAUUCAUUUUUCUGAUCCACACAGGGUCAAAAUUAUACAUGCACCGCUCUUAAAAUGUAUUUACUCGCUCACAGAUUUCUUCUGCCUUUCCUUUUUCGUCUCGUUUAAAAGUUUCAGAUCCAACAAAGUCUGAUAUGAAAGAAAAGAGCAAAUAAAAAAAAGCAGUUUUCUAAUA